CGUCAGAAUAUGUUAAAGACAAUUCUAUGUCUCAACUUCUGGUUUUCAUCAAGCUUUGCUUACGAGAACAUUGCCUUAAACAAACUUGCGUGGCAGCAGCAUCCUUACCCUUAUCAACCUUGGGGACCGGAUCGUGCUGUAGACGGACGGUAUACAAACCUGUCUGCUGCUGGAGGACAGUGUGUUAUAUCUGACAAUAAUGAAAAGACAGCAGAAUGGAGAGUAUAUCUUGGAAGACUACUCAGUAUACACCACAUCGUUAUACAGUACAGAACUGAAAAUGUUGCCUGGGAUUCAGCCCAUCCAUAUACCAGUAGAUUCCUGGGAUAUUCUGUCUACAUAUCAAACACAACCAAUAAAGAGGACGGAGUACUAUGUUUUAAAGACACCAGCUAUACCAAAGCCACCGUUCCCAAUCCAACAAACAUCACGUGUAUCACCCACGGGAGAUACGUCAUCUACUACAACAACAGGACCCACCCUCCGUAUCCUGAUGGAUAUUCCAUGUAUGCCUACAAUGAUCUCUGCGAAGUAGAGGUAUAUGGAUGCCCCGCACCAGGUUAUUACGGAGAGGUCUGUUCUUUACCGUGUCCACAGAACUGUCAGGAAGGUCACUGUAACAUUGUGGAUGGAAACUGUCUGGGUUGUGUUGAUGGAUACAGGGGAACAAGAUGUAAUGAACGUAAGUAAUUUUUCUAUCUAUGAUGGGAGUCAUCUCAUCUAUUCAGCAGUUACUUUUUAUGAAACCCAAUGUAUGACCAAGAAGAUCACAACGCUGGGUAUCAAGAGCUUGGAGAAUUAACAAAAGAAUCCCAGUAUGACAAACUUUCUUGACGGAAUUGUUUGGUGUUAGACUAUUAUGCGUGAACUCUUAAAAAAUGAGUCUUCUCGUUAUCAUACAUCCAUCUUAUAAUUAAAAAAAAAACAGGAAAUGUUGACUAGUCAAAAAGAUAAAAUGACUAAAUGGUUCUUUCAGUUUAACCUCUUUUUUCGUAUAAAGGUCAGUUCAGAGUCACUACCCUUUUUCUUCACUUAACGGAUGAUAAAAACAAAUAAAGUUCUUUGCAGUUUUGUGGACAUCCGAUUAGAUAUAAAGAUUCUAUUUUUUAGUUAAAUGAUAGAAUAUCAGGAUGUCUAUCAGCUUAUACAUGUACAACUAAACUGGAAUUAAUAUUGAAAGUAAAAUUGAUAUUGCUUAGCCCGCAUUUCCUCUAAUUCUCUUAAAUUUUGAAGAUAUUUUGAUUAUUUUUUUAUCCUUCCAAUAUUAAGAUAUUUCUGAUUUUUAUGUAUUAUGAAGACUUUAUAUAAAGAAAUUAAUUGACACAAAAACUAAUACAUUGAUCAUUUAAUAAGAGAGAAAAACUGAUUUUGGUGAUUAUUUUACACAAAUUAAUGUAUUGAAUUGACGCUUAAAAAAGCUUAUAAAAUUGAUAGGUUAAUCAUAUUUUACAAACAUAAUCUGAAACCCAAGUAUUAUAUCAUUAGUUUGCAUUUGUUAAAAACCCAACAUUAUUGUUAUUGUUUUAAAAAUGCUAAAACAGACUCAUUAUUCG